CUGCCCGCGCCCCCGGGCGCGCUGAAGCUUUGGGCGGCUCGAGCUCGGCGCAGCGCCCUCCUGCAGCGGCCACUCCAGCCUCGGGGCCAUGGCCCGAGAUGCCCCGUGAGCUGGCCGGUCCGGGGCGCGGACGUCGGGCGAAAAGACGAGGCUCUGCGGGUCCGGGAGGUCGAGGACCGGGAGGCGGCUGAGGCUGCGGCGGCUGGCAUUGAUGUGGGAGCUGCCCCAAUGGCUCCUCAGGGCCAAAGGGGCGCGGGGCCCGGGGCGCACGGGGCCAGGCGGGCCGCGAGCGGCCCCAAGAGAGCUCGGGGCAGCCCGAGGCCGGCGGCCAGGGCUGCACCUCCCACGCCUCGGCUGCCGCCGCCGUCGCCGCCGCUGCUGCCACCCCUGCUGCUGCUGUUGCUGCUGCUGCUGGCGCUGGCCGAGCGCGGCCGCGCAGCCGACUCCGGUACCAACCAUCUGCGAACGAAUGUCACCCUAACCCCACAAUCAUUUACAAAUCCUCGGAGAUCUACAUCAACAUCACCAACAUGGCCUUCCUGGGAAUUAAAGUCUUCCUCGAACAUGGACCGGCUCAAGGAUCCAAUGAGACAUUUCCCUGAAAAUGCAAGCUUGCUUCAGAUAAUCAAAUCUACACUGGUUCACCCUCCCCCUAGAACUAGGGCUCAAAUAGAUUUCUCUUCUGCCCUUUAUCAAGGGAGUGGACAUAGUGCAUCUCUGGAUCCUCCCAAGGAGUUGGCCCAGGCUCUCAACCGCCCAAGACCUCGAGAUUCGGACGAAGCAGCUGAUGUGUCAGGUUUGCCUCAACCCAACAUGUCUGUCCCAUUGUCCACAACACCAUCUGUGACAUUGUCGAGUGCUGUCCUGUCAUCUCAGCCAGUGCCAUUAGGAACACCUUCCAUUCCAAACCAGCACAUGCCAGGGUCAGACAUUGUCUCAGCAAUUCCAUCUCCAUCUCUCUCUUCAUCAGUUCCUGGCUCACCUCAUACCAUCAUAUUUUCUAAACCUACUGAGCUACCAGCCAAAGUGCCUUCAUCCCCCCAGGCAGCUCCCUCUGAUUUUUCCCAUAGAGAAAGUAUUGAUAAUCCCUUAGACCCUCUUUCCAGUAAAACAAGUCACCCUCCAUCCAGAAAGGCCCAAGAAUUAACAGACAUCCUCGGUCUGGAUUUUUCUGGAUCUACAACAGCACAGUACUCUAGAGUGGCCCCAAGUGAGAGACUGCACCCCGAAAGCCCAUCUACAUCUGUGUUUGUGAAUUCCAUGCCAGACAUACCCCAUCUGUCUUCCCCACCAGUUGCUCCUGGAAGUCUACCUUGGCUUCCAAGUCAAACCCCUACAUUGUUGAAGUUCACAGAUAUGUCUUCUUCAGGCCCAGUCCACACUCAACCAUUCAAACCAAGAGUGACUAAAAGGGCCCAUGGCAGUGUGAUCUGGCCGGCUUUUGAGAGCUCAUCAGAGGCGCCCGAAGUGGGGUCCAGACUUGUCCAAAGUACAGAUGGAGGAGCCGCUUCUAUGGAAAGGAAACCCAGCCAACCUGCUACAGUAAACAAGCCUGUGCAAUUGUCACCAGCUCCCGAGGACGUGAGGGCAGUGUCCCGUCUUGGAAAACAUGUCCCCUCCUCUCCAGCCACUCGGUCUUUUGCAGCUCCAGGUGAAGCAACUUCUCCUCAUCCUGCCUCUUCACCAGCAACUAAAAAUGAACCAGCUUCAAUCUCCACACCUGAUUUCCCAUGGCAGUCCCAGAGCAGGGCAUCUCCCCUGCUUAUGGUGGCUAAAAGUCCAACUUCUAAAGAAAAGAAUAAGGAUGGGACUCCUACAGACUUGCUUCUUGUGGAGACGGACCAGUCAUCUGUCCAGUAUUCUACAAUUGCCAGUCUCCCCUUAGGGAAAGAAGGCAGCUUGAUGGGUGCUUUAAUGGGAAAUGAAAAAGCCAAGAGGAUGACAUCUCCUGGUUCCAGUCCCACUCAGGAGGCCACCAGCCAGUCCACUUUAAAUGAUUCGACCACCAAUCACAUUCCAGCUGCUAUCAUCACAAAGCCCAGAGUGGCUCUCACACUCUCAGACUUGCCUGCUCAUCCUAUCCUGCCGACGGAGCGAUCCUCCUCUGCUUUGAAGUCUUUUCCUACAGCAGAUGCCGAGUCUAAGGUCGGGACAACACCUGCAGAUAGUUCUAGAGUCACGACUUCAGCCCCUAAGCGGGAGACCAUGCAUGUUCUCCAUUCUUCUAGACCAGCAAGAACACAAACGGCAAUGAGCACAGAUGUUUCCCAGAGUAUUCUUCCAGGAGGAACAGGGUCUCAUUUCUUAGAAUCACUGAUACCUGUCCUGCAUCCCCAAAAAGGUUAUGAUUUAAAUGGACAUGAAAAAAGUCUUGCACCCUCAGUGACCCAUUCUGCCAAAAUCACUGUUCCUAGUGGCUCAAAUUUAGCUGCCAAAAUGACACAUCCUCCAGAUGUCAGAGAUGCUGAUUUGCAUCGGACCUUUGCUAAAGGGCUCAGACUUGAAUAUCCAUCCCUUAAUUUAAGCACAGAACAAGCCACACAUCAGUCUAGAGUUACUACGAUUGGAAAUUCUUCAGACCUUUGGCCUGCAAGCCAGAAAAACAUCACUCGUGACCUUGAAGCAUCGUUCGGUCCACACCUGGCUAGCCAUGAAGCUUUCACCAUAGCCCACGAACACCUCCUUUCACGUCCUUCCUCAGAAUCGCCUCCACUUUUGACAUCUGUUCCACCAGCCUCGUCAGAUGUAACUCCCCCCAUCAGCUUGCAGGAAAUGCUUUUAGGAGAAACGGAGACAAGAACCUCAUCUGCCAGUACUCACCAUCCAUCACCUAUGAUAAGUACUCCUGGGUCAUUCCAGAGUGGCCGCAAGCCUUGGACGUUCCCUGCUGCCGUUCUUCCCACACUAACCCAUGCCUUAUUCAGGACGGCAUCUAAAGCACUGCUGACUUCUCCAGUCCCUGAGAACUGGACUGUUGCACCCGCUCAUGCAGGUAGUUUGGUUCCUGGUUCCCAACACACAGCACACGCUUCCAUGUCCCCUGAGGUGGUUCCAACUGUGGCGUCAACAGCAGCCACAAGGGUUAUAGGAAAAUACACUCUGUCCGCAUUGUCUGCAGCCUUAGUGUCCAAGGGGACUGGAAACAAACUCUCCAUUCCCUCAGCAAUGGUGGCCAAAAGCACCCUGUCCCCAGUGCUGGCUAAAAAUGGCACCCCCAUUGGAACACCAGGCUCCCAGAUGGUGACAGUUACAACCAAGGCAAUGGAGACUCCUACAGCUUCUCCCUUCGUAUCCACGACUCACAGAACCACGCAGGCCAAUAUGAUCACAGCUGCAGCAAGGUUGUCAACAACACAUUUCCCAGGGAAAUCUCAAGCCAUGCAAUCAGACUUCCAUAAGACAACCAACUCAGAAAUGUCCAGAAUCUCCACCACUUUCCCACUGACCAUCAUGGCAGCUCUGACGUCCAUGUCCACAUUGGGAAAGGUUACUAAACUCCCUCCCAUACCUGUGGAAAACACAUCGGCUGCUCUCCCAUUGGCUUCCACUACUGUGGUCACAACUGGCAAGACCACCUUGAAUCUAGAAUGUCAGAUGUCCAGGAAACUAAUGGUAAAGACAGUUCUCUUUCUCACCCAGAGGAGGCUGCAGAUCAAUGAUUCCCUGAAGCCUGAUGUAACCAAAGGGCUCACCCAAGCCCUGCAGAAAGCUUUCCACCAGAAUGAUAUCUAUGCACAUGUAGAAAUUUUGGAACAUUCCCACAAUGUGACAGUUGGCUAUUAUGUCACGAAGGGGAAACUGGUUUAUAUCCCUGCUGUUGUUGUUGAGGUCCUGGUUGCUUAUGGCAUUAGCAAUGUCACUGCUGACCUGAAGCAGCAUGUGCCAAACCUGCAGUCUGUGGCAGUACUGGCUUUGCCAUGGAACCCUCAGCCAGCCUACGCCUUUCAGCUAAAAACGGUGUUGCAGUUUGUGGGCCAGUCCGACAACAUCCAGUCCUGCAAGUUUGCUCAGACGAUGGAGCAGAGGCUGCAAAAAGCUUUUCAGGAUGCAGAGAAAAAAGUUCUGAGUACCACUAGCAAUCUGACUGUGGAGAUUUUGAAUACGUCAAACGCUUCCCAGGCAGUAACCUUGACUUACGCAGUUUGGAAUCAGAGCACCCUUCUCAACGGCACGGUCUCCAGCAGCCUCCUGAGUCAGCUGUCGGCCGAGUUGGUGGGCUUCUACCUCACCUACCCACCCCUGACCAUCGCAGAGUCCUUGGAAUAUCCAAACCUCGAUGUCUCAGAAACAACUAGAGACUAUUGGGUGAUUACAGUUCUGCAAGGGGUGGACAACACUUUGGUGGGACUCCACAACCAGAGUUUCGCCAGAGUCAUGGAACAGCGGCUGGCCCAGCUGUUUAUGAUGUCCCAGCAACAAGGCAGGAGGCUUAAACGGGCCACAACUCUUGGGAGCUACACAGUUCAGAUGGUAAAGAUGCAGCGUGUCCCCGGACCCAAGGAUCCUGCAGAACUGACUUACUACACGUUGCACAAUGGGAAACCUUUGCUGGGAACAGCUGCCGCCAAGAUCUUGAGCACCAUUGACUCCCAGAGGAUGGCUUUGACCUUGCACCAUGUAGUUCUUCUGCAAGCUGAUCCGGUUGUUAAAAACCCUCCCAAUAACCUGUGGAUCAUCGCUGCCGUCCUGGCGCCCAUUGCUGUGGUCACCGUGAUUAUCAUCAUCAUCACGGCAGUGCUUUGCAGGAAGAACAAGAAUGACUUCAAGCCAGACACCAUGAUGAACCUGCCUCAGAGGGCAAAACCAGUUCAAGGCUUUGAUUACGCCAAACAACAUCUGGGUCAACAAGGAGCUGAUGAAGAGGUCAUCCCAGUGACCCAGGAAACAGUGGUCCUGCCCCUCCCGGUCAGAGAUGCUCCUGCCUCCCAAGAAAGAGAAACUGCUCAAGACGGAAGCACCAUUAAAACAGCCCAGUCCACUGAAACGAGGAAAAGCAGGUCGCCCAGCGAGAACGGCUCGGUCCUUAGCAACGAAUCAGGGAAGCCCAGUCCCGGGAGACCCUCGCCCCAGAACGUGACAGUGGCGGCCACAGCGCAGCAGCAGAAAGUGACAAAAGACGAGGGAAGGAAGAGAAAUGUGCCUGUGAGCGAUGAAGAAGAAGGCGCCGGUCUCUUUGAUAGCACAGGCAAGCCAGUAGCUGAUCCAUUUGACACCUCCUCGGGCUCUGUACAACUAAUCGCCAUCAAGCCAGCUGCGCUGGCCCCUGCCCACCCGGCCUCUGAACGGAGCCAGGAGUCAGCCAUCAUUAAUGGAGAGGUGAACAAGGCCUUGAAGCAGAAGUCUGACAUCGAACACUACCGCAACAAGCUGCGCCUCAAGGCAAAGCGCAAAGGCUAUUAUGACUUCCCUCAAGUGGAGGGGAACAAGGCGCUGACGGAGCGGAAGAUGUACGAGAAAGCCCCCAAGGACCUCGACCAUGUCUUGGAUCCCGAGCCCGAGGCGCCCUCUCCAUUUGGCGAACCUAAGAACAGGCAACAGAUGAAGAACUCUGUGUACCGAAGCCGGCAGUCUUUAAACAGCCCCAGUCCAGGGGAAACCGAGAUGGACCUCCUGGUGACACGGGAGAGACCCCGACGAGGAAUCCGAAACAGCGGCUAUGACACUGAACCUGAAAUUAUAGAAGAGACUAACAUUGACCGAGUUAAUGAGCCUCGAGGCUACCCAAGGUCACGCCAGGUAAAGGGUCAUUCAGAGACGUCCACCCUCAGUUCUCAGCCAUCCAUUGAUGAAGUCAGGCAGCAGAUGCACAUGCUGCUGGAAGAAGCAUUCAGCUUGGCCUCUGCAGGCCACGGUGGGCAGAAUAGGCAGCAGGAUACUUAUGGCUCAGCCCAGCACUUCCCUUACUCUGAAGUGGUAACAAGUGCCCCUGGGACCAUGACCCGGUCAAGAGGUGGAAUGCAAUGGGUGCCUACGUACAGACCAGAGAUGUACCAAUACAGUUUGCCGAGGCCGGCCUACAGGUUUUCUCAGCUUCCUGAGAUGGUCAUGGGAUCUCCUCCACCUCCAGUACCUCCCCGAACUGGUCCUGUGGCUGUUGCUUCUCUCAGGCGGUCUACUUCUGAUAUCGGCAGCAAGACCAGAAUGUCUGAGUCCAGCGGCCCGGAGCAAGCCCAGCUGCAUGAUGGAGCCCCUUUUGCCCAGGUUUCCAGAGGCCCGGUCUCGGUCACUCCAUUGGACCAGUCGGCUUUAAAUUACUCAGGAAGCACGGUUCCAGCUGUGUUUGCCAUUCCAGCUGCAAACAGACCUGGAUUCACGGGCUACUUCAUCCCCACGCCACCCUCGUCCUACCGGAACCAAGCCUGGAUGUCAUAUGCGGGAGAGAAUGAGUUACCAGGGCAAUGGGCAGACUCGGUUCCACUCCCAGGUUACAUAGAGGCAUAUCCUCGGUCCCGCUACCAACAGACAUCCCCCUCGAGGCUCCCCCGACAGUACAGCCAGCCCAGCAACAUGCACCCAAGUCUGGAACAGGCCCCUAUGGCCUCCACAGCAGCGUCUCAGCAGAGCCUGGCAGAGAACGACACUUCCGACGCCCCACUGACCAACAUCUCCACGGCAGCCCUGGUGAAGGCGAUCCGGGAAGAGGUCGCUAAGCUGGCCAAGAAACAAACAGAUAUGUUUGAAUUCCAGGUCUAACACUUAGUAGCUCUCUACUCUUGUAGCCAUUGAACUCCAAACCAUGAAGCCUGCAAAGAGACAAGGAGAUAUGUCUUUGGUUUGUUUUUCAGUCCACCUUUGUUGGGACUUGGGAGCAGGGGUGGAUUUCUGUCCGACCCAUUACUUCCUAGAAAGGUGAACUCUGGGGUUUCUCCUAAAUGGAGGAACUCCUUGAAAAGCAAAGCUCUUGACCCGUCUAUCCUGCCGGCCAAUCAAGAUUGCUGGUAACUGUGUGAUUGAUAUGCCGAUACAUGAAAUCCAUGGAAUAUGAUUGUAUGUCCUGAGAAGCCUUAGGCAUGAGAGAUGCUUUUUGGUAGAUUGCUCUUCAAUGCCAUAUUUCAUAAGUAAUCAGAGAGAGGGCAAAAUCCCGACCUGAUUACCGUGACCUCUGCAUGCUCAAUCUGUAUUUCUGUGAUAAAAAAGGGGAAGAUGAGCACCAGACUGCAUACUUUCUCAUUGGAACAAGAGCAAAAUUUAAAUGAAAAAAAUAAAAUCAUCUCUGAACUUGGGAUAAGGAAACUGAAUCCAAUCAAGUAACUUCAACCCUUUUUAUUUCAAGCUCAUGCUCAAAGCCAAGUGAAAUUUAUGUUUCUAGUUCUCCCCAAACAAUCACCCUUGUAAAUAGUCCCAACUCAGUUUCUCAUUAACCGUACAAUGGCCUGAAAGCAGAGAAGAUGGCAGAGGAGACUGAUUGUGGCCACGUAAUUAGUGUCUGCUGAAUUCUUAUUAAAGGCCCCUGUUGAGCAUCUGAAAAAGUGUUGGCCUUUGGGGAAUAGAAGGCAUUGUGAGUUGUGCCGAAGACCUAACAAAAAAGUGAAGAGGAAGAAGAAGGAGAGAGAAAUGGUGCAAAGAGCUUUGGGGAAUUCUACAAGUGAAAAAUGGUUAUUUGAGUCUGUUUUCUUUGCCCUACAUUGAAAGUAGCCUGAGAACCGACCAUCUCUCUCUGUUUCUCUUUCUCUCCUGGAAUAAUAGGUACAUCUACUUUCACAAGGAAACCUCUGUUUAUCAUAAAGCUUUCCAGCUCUCUCAAACAAUGCUGUUCAGUAAAUGCUGCCAGGUGUCUCAAAAUAAAACUCUGAUUGAUGUCUGCUCAAAAUGGGAUAUGUGAAUCUGCAGACUUUCAAAUUCCCAGCCGGUGUUUGUAGAAACUUGGGAAUAUGGGCAACCUGUUGACUUAUGGGCCAAUGUAAAUCAAUGCAAACAAGUGUAUGAAUUUAACCAAAUCAUCUCGUUUAGUGGAAGCAGGGGGCUGGGGGGGUGGGGGACUGGUAUUUACUAAAAUUACAGACUGCUGACCAUGGUGUGCUUAAUGUUGCAAAUCCUCUUUCCCCACUGGUAGGGAAUCUGACCUCUUCGGCUCAUUGUAAGGGACACAUCAUCCCCGUGAGCUACCGAACGUGUCCAGAAUUCAUUUUCCCCAAGUCAAAUCAAAUAAAGUAACAUCUUGAUCAUAGGCGAUACUCUGGUAUCUUUCAUUGAGAAACCAGCUUCAGUAGAAGAGGUCCCCAGUGUUGGGAAUGGAUGUACUUGACAUCUGUUGAAUUCUGUGCUAAUGGCCUCCCUUCACCCUGCAAUCCAUUCAGCUACAGCCAUAUAUAUGUUCUUUAUCUGAUCUGAUCACCUCAUUCUCUGCAUGAGUUUCUUUGGUCUUUAACCGAGAUGAAAAGUCAGAGUUGGGUUAGGUUGGGAGCCAUGUCUAAAAUCUGAGAGAACACAAAAGGAAGAUUCAGACUAACAAAGCACACACAGACUUUUAAAACUGAGCAAUUUUUUUUUUGGUUCGUUUCAAAGACAAAGAGCCCAUCCCAGAUAAUACCAGAGAUAAUGGGUGGUAGAAUCUUCAAAUAUCAAUCUUGGUCAAACCACAUAGAAUAAUGAGGAACCUUUUGGUAAACUGGUUGAUUUUGCAAAAUGUUAGUGUUUUUUGUUAUUUAAAAAAAAUCAGAUAUAAAUAAAAUGUAUUUUUAUAAUCUCCACGUGUAUAUACUGUAUAUUUCUACCAGUGGCCAAUUUGCUACGGACAAAGAACUAAGUCAACUUGCGAGGCAUUAUAGACGCAGCAAGACUUUACUGAUAAAUCGAUGUGUGGUGUGUAAAUUUAAUCUUAGUUAGGCAGUCAACUAACAUGAAUGCAAAAAGAGCCAAAGAAACUCAGCCUUUCAUACAAAUAGGUAUUGGUCUGAUAAAGUCAGUUAAUUCUCCCAGUUGCUUAUUAAUGCUACUAUAUCAUCAGCGCCACUGUGUCAAUCCAGAUGUGUUACUUUCUAUCCAAGUGGUGUUUGCCUGGAAAUCCUGUAUGUCAAAUAGAACCUUAAAGACAAUUGUGCAAUUUAAAUAUUUAUGCUUUGGGAUGAAAUCUCUGAGCUCUGGACAUGUUAGAGGUGAUAAUGAAUGCAUGUAAAAUUCAUGGACAUGUAAAUGUCCUCAGCCUUUACAUUACCACUGGUUUGAAUUUUUUCAUAUAAUUUUUACAAAAAGCUGUAUCUCCCUGUUUCCCCAGGAAGAGCUAUUAAAUCUUUGAAUUCAA